GGUUCUCCGUAUCGUAUCGCAACAUCGUACAUUCGCAGAUCGUAUCAGGAUGGCCGACACUCAAAUUGAUACGACUGCUGUGAUGUUGACAACAAAUUCCAAAAUACUCGUGACAGUCGAUGAAGCCCUGCAAGAUGUUAUCGUCGUCUCGUACGCCUUCGAGAGCAAACUGUACCAGGGCGUCCUCCUGGACUCAACGAAAAAGUACCUGCCGUGUCGGAUCAAUGAAAAUGUCAUGAGCCCCAAACCUGAGAACACAGAAGAGGACAAGCUGUAUUUUAGUAUACGUCAAAGGUUUACAUAUUUUCAGGAGAAACCGUUACACUUAAAUCAUUACCACAUACAAAAGAAAUUUACCAAAUCCAAGUCACAAAAGAUGACUGUUAGGCUGAGGCCGAGGCAAGUCCUGUGUUCGAAAUGUAAAUCAAUUUGUAGUGAAAAUUCUGAAAAUGUCAAUUCUCAUAUGACAAGGAGUAAAAGAACGGACCCUCAAGAGCCUCAGGGGAAACCACUCCCGGCCAAGCCACUGUGUUCAGAAAAUAGAAGAGGAAAUGAAGUUAACGGCUCGCCGCCGAAGCUUUGUCCUUCCUUCAUUCCAAAAUAUUCGUGUAAAACUCACAAAGAACUCUUAACUCCAAAUACCGAUAUAAAUGGUGGAAGUGAAAUUUCUGAUGAAUACUGGUUCAAAAAUAAUGAAACAGGGGAAGGCAGGGUUGAUGAGGAUGAGGAUGACAAACAGAUGGUUUUGAGGAAAAAGCGGAGUGUCGGGUCAAUGGAGGAUCUUUGGGAUGAAACGGUUUUUGAAGAAAGCUCUAAAAAAGCCAAAACCACUCCUGUGAUAAAAAUUUCGUUCGGGUCGCAAGGGGAAGGCACGAUUUUGAAGAUCCCAUCAAAAGUCCAGCAAGACAGCGAUAAAGAACAAGAUGACGGGCCAAACAACGAUGAAGAAAUUAAAGCUGUCAAAAAAGCAAAUAAAAAAGCAAAAAAAGAAGCUAAAAGAAAAACCCUCCCUGUCUCAUCGCCAAAUGCAAAUCAAGAGGACCAACAAUUACAGUACAGAAAGCAUAGGCAUAAGGUCAAACACAAGAAGAAACACAAGAGCGAGAAGAACGAUGAGGAGAUAAAGGAAAAAUGUUUGAAGCAGAAACUUUCCAUCAAUUUAAAAAGGGUUUCGUCGACAUCUUAUGAAAAAAGGAAUGACGGCAGUGACUCUAGCCUCAGCAGCGAGGAGAUUCCAGACUUCCCUUCUUCGACACCAGUUGUCGGCAGUGAAAAUGUCGAGUCAUGUAAGACUGAUAAUGGAACGACGUUCGCAGUAGGGGAUGUUGUCUGGGGAAAAAUGCAUGGUUUCCCUUGGUGGCCUGGCAAGGUACUUAAUAUUUUAAUAAGGACCGACAAGAUGAGUUGGGACGCCCAUGUUUCGUGGUAUGGCACACCGACAUCAUCCAUGAUGCCAUGUGAACAAUUAUCACCUUUUUUACAAUUUUUUGAGAUAAGAUACAACAGAAGGAAAAAAUCUGCAGGUUACAAAGAGGCGAUACGAUUAGCGACAUCGGAGGCCUCUGCCAUUCAACCCGAUGCGACGAUUCCUGAAUUAGUGACGCUGGACCAGCCAGUCGAAGCAUAGCCAAAAAUUACUUUAAAAAUUACAGCCCCAGGUUCAUUAUUCUUUGAAAUUGUGAUAUGCAAAGUACGGGUCAUCCGAUCGGCAAAAUACAUUUUUGUAUCGUCUUGUGAUUUGAUACAAAGUUUAUACUGUACAAAGAGAAAAAAAAUUAAUUGGAAAUUGCACGAGGUUGUAAGCCAUACAUUAAUGCAAUAUAUUAUACAAAGUAUAUAAGCACAUAUUUAUUAUGUAUAGCUGUGUAUAUAUGUAAUUUUGGAAUGACUAUGUUAUUUAAGGGCCAUGCCUAAAUCCUGUUAUUAAAACUGACGGUUUUAAUUUUUUUAACUUGAGUAGAAAAAGCAUGAAACAUGUUUUACAUGAAAAGCGUUUAAUUCUAUAGAUAAUUGAAGAAUCAAAUGAAUGUGUAUUUUAGUAAAUGGAUUUUCAAUUAAAUAUUUUGAAGUCUGUUGUAUUGAAAUGAUCGAUAAGCUCUGAAUUGAAAAAAACGGGCAUAAAUGUUAUGUUGUGCAAGGGGCCAACAAAAGAAAAUCAAUGUUGAGAAAUGUGAAAUUAUAUUUUUUCCCCUUA